GCCGUAUAUAGCCUAUACCUUUGCAUGAUACAACAAGUUUACCCUCCCCCUCCAAACAAGGGGCGCAACUAAACUUUCACUUCAGAUGAGUUGCGCUUGGAGAGACGGUACCCUGCCUUGCUCUAGUUGUCUCGCGUUCUUGCCGAUCUGGCGCAAACCUGCCAACCCAUCCACUUCCUGUAGACAGCAAGUCCAUCCCUAACGGAGGAAAACAAAGAGGAAGGAAGAAUUGUACUAAGUGUUCUAAAUAACGCGUUCUGAAGAGCAAUCUCCACUUGCCGGUCCGUCCGCAACACCCAAGAGCUCCGUCAUAUAGGUGGGCUAGAAUAACGUCUUACGCUUUAUAUCGCGUGUGUGCUGGGAGGCCGUUGCGUCGAUCGUUGUGUAGAAGGAAAACACGCUGUGGGUGCAAAAUAGAAGUGUAUUAAAACCCCGAAGACCUAUGGCACGGAUGAUACCAUUGACGCUCAACUUUUUUGCAUGAAAGAGAAAUCAGUUCAAAGCGCUGAGUUUGGGAAGCGAACUCAACCUACGUUAAGCUAUAUCAGAAUACCAAGUGCUUUCAUGUAUUGGAAAAAUGAGGUCUUGGCCCCUCUACCAGAGGGAGAUCAGUUUUUAUCCGAAGGAAUUCCCGCAAAACAGGUCAUUUCUCCAGGAAUGCAGCAGAGUGCACCCGGUGCCUCGCGCUGUGUGGAAGCCGAACACGUCAUGUCUCACUCUGACGGGGAAUCCCACCGGUCGAACACGCGCUCCUCCCCGAGUCCCCCCUCUACUCCAUCUAUCUGCUCGCCUACCUCCACCGCCUCCUCGGUGCUGUCCACCCGGAAGAACGUGUGCGCGAGCUGCGGUUUGGAGAUCCUGGACAGAUACAUUCUCAAGGUGAAUAACUUGAUCUGGCACGUGAGGUGUCUGGAGUGUUCUGUCUGCCGGACGUCGUUGCGUCAACACAACAGCUGUUACAUCAAAAACAAAGAGAUCUUCUGUAAAAUGGAUUAUUUCAGUAGGUUCGGUACAAAGUGUGACCAGUGUGGACGCCAGAUAUAUUCCAGCGACUGGGUGCGUCGGGCCAAGGGCAAUACCUACCACUUGGCGUGCUUCGCCUGCUUCUCCUGCAAGAGGCAGCUGUCCACGGGGGAGGAGUUUGGCCUGGUGGAGGAGAAGGUGCUCUGCAGGAUCCACUACGACACCAUGGUGGAGAACCUCAAACGGGCUGCCGAGAGUGGUAGUGGCAUCACUCUGGAGGGGGCAGUGCCGUCAGAGCAGGACAGCCAACCCAAGCCUGCCAAGAGAGCACGCACCUCCUUCACUGCUGAGCAGCUGCAGGUGAUGCAGACUCAAUUUGCGCAGGACAACAACCCCGAUGCACAGACCCUGCAGAAACUGGCAGACAUGACUGGUCUAAGCAGGAGAGUCAUACAGGUUUGGUUUCAAAACUGCAGAGCAAGACACAAAAAGCAUACCCCCCAGCACAGCGGACCCCCACAAGGCCACCCCCAGUCCCGGAUGCACCCCUCGCUGCCUGACGACCUGCAUUACUCCCCCUUUGGAAGUUCUGAGAGGGCGCGCAUGGUGGCCCUGCACGGAUACAUCGACAGUGAGUGUUACAUAGGCCACCCAUUCUCUGUCCUAGCGACACAGAGCCUGAACCCCCAUCAAGCAAUGUCGCUGUCCCAGCUACCCCUCAGCCGCUAACUAACGGAUGCUGCCGCCAUCACCCCUGACCUCCCAUCAGCAACCUCCGUUUGCCGACUCGACCCCAGAGGUCAAACAUGAAGACGUACGGAGAGGAUCAAGAUUCAAGAUGCCUGAGAGACCGAGGCAGAGAGAGACCGAGGCAGAGAGAGACCGAGGCAGAGAGAGACCGAGGCAGAGAGGGACCGAGGCAGAGAGACAGACAGACGGAGAGAGAGAGAGAGAGAGAGAGAACUCUUUUUCUAUGAACAGGAUCAUGAUUAUAUAUUCCACCUAUUGUUGUCAUGGAGGACAUGAGCCCUUCCUUUUCCUAACUGGGACUUAUUCACUGUCAAGAUACAUUCAACUCGACUAUGAACUCUCUGUGCGUGCAGAAAUGGACUGAAAGGUCUCUUCUCUCCAUCCUCUGAAGGAAGUGAUGGGACCAGACUAACAGGAAUACACCCUCAUGUGUGGUCAGAUUUACUCAUGAGGAGAAAAAAACAGCAAGGGACACUGAGGUAAGAAACCUCCCCUUUCACUCUGUGAUGAUACCAUGAAGGAAUGCAAAAUAACUGACAGUUUUAGGUGUGGAAUCUGCUACGAACUAAAAACGAAUACGAAUUUUUAAAUCACAGUUGUUAGUAUUGAUGUUGUAUGAAAUCAUCAGGUAAUCAGCUGUUCGUUAAAGGGAAAUGUUUAAAUAAAAAUUCAUCUUCAUAUUCAUCUUCUCCAGCACCAUCCCAACAUCAAUAUACAGUUGAAGUCUGAAGUUUACAAACUUAGGUUGGAGUCAUUAAAACUUGUUUUUCAACCACUCCACAAAUGUCUUCUUAACAAACUAUAUCCAACAAUUGUUUACAGACAGAUUAUUUAACUUAUAAUUCACUGUAUCACAAUUCCAGUGGGUCAGAAGGUUACAUACACUAAGUUGACUGUGCCUUUAAACAACUUGAAAAAUUCCAGAAAAUGUCAUAGCUUUAGAAGCUUCUGUUAGGCUAAUUGACAUCAUUUGAAUCAAUUGGAGGUGUACCUGUGGAUGUAUUUCAAGGCCUACCUUCAAAUUCAGUGCCUCUGUGCUUGACAUCAUGGGAAAAUCAAAAGAAAUCAGCCAAGACCUCAGAAAAAUAAUUGUAGACCUCCACAAGUCUGGUUCAUCCUUGAGAGCAAUUUCCAAACGCCUGAAGGUACCAUGUUCAUCUGUACAAACAAUAGUACGCAAUUAUAUGUUUGGAGGAAAAAUGGGGAGGCUUGCAAGCCGAAGAACACCAUCCCAACCGUGAAGCACGGGGGUGGCAGCAUCAAGUUGUGGGGGUGCUUUGCUGCAGGAGGGAUUGGUGCACUUCACAAAAUAGAUGGCAUCAUGAGGAAAGAAAAUUAUGUGGAUAUAUUGAAGCAACAUCUCAAGACAUCAGUCAGGAAAGUUAAAGCUUGGUCGCAAAUGGGUCUUCCAAAUGGGCAAUGACCCCAGGCAUACUUCCAAAGUUGUGACAAAAUGGCUUAAGGACAACAAAGUCAAGGUAUUGGAGCGGCCAUCACACAGCCCUGACCUCAAUCCUAUAGAAAAUUUGUGGAAAAGCGUGUGCGAGCAAGGAGGCCUACAAGCCUGACUCGGUUACACCAGCUCUGUUUAAAAAAAAAAAAUUUAUUUCACCUUUAUUUAACCAGGUAGGCUAGUUGAGAACAAGUUCUCAUUUGCAACUGCGACCUGGCCAAGAUAAAGCAUAGCAGUGUGAACAGACAACACAGAGUUACACAUGGAGUAAACAAUUAACAAGUCAAUAACACAGUAGAAAAAAAAAUGGGCAGUCUAUAUACAAUGUGUGCAAAAGGCAUGAGGAGGUAGGCGAAUAAUACAAUUUUGCAGAUUAACACUAGGGUGAUAAAUGAUCAGAUGGUCAUGUACAGGUAGAGAUAUUGGUGUGAAAGGAGGAAUGGGCCAAAAUUCACCCAACUUAUUGUGGCAGGCUUGUGGAAGGCUACCUGAAUUGUUUGACCCAAGUUAAACAAUUUAAAGGCAAUGCUACCAAAUACUAAUUGAGUGUAUGUAAACUUCUGACUCACUGGGAAUGUGAUGAAAGAAAUAAAAGCUGAAAGAAAUCAUUCUCUCUACUAUUAUUCUGACAUUUCACAUUCUUAAAAUAAAGUGGUGAUCCUAACUGACCUAAGACAGGGAAUUUUGACUAGGAUUAAAUGUCAUGAAUUGUGAAAAACUGAGUUUAAAUGUAUUUGGCUAAGGUGUAUGUAAACUUCCGACUUCAACUGUAUGUGAAAAUUGCGCGUUUCUAUGUUUUGUAGUAAAAAAUUUGGAAUGUAGAGGAAAUGUUUCCAAUGACAUCAUCAACCAAUUAGUAGACGAUUAGUGAGCAAUGCCUACUCAUAAUUGGUUAAAAUUAGACGAUGCACAGUGAAGAUGUCAUUGGUAUCACUUAUUUUCCUCUAUCUUUUUUUUUUUACAACAAAACAUAGAAAUGUGCAAUUUUAUCAUGUGCUGGAGAUGAUGGAAUAGACAUUUUACAUGUCCCUUUAAUACAUUGUCAUCAGCAGCCUUCUGUAAAGGAUAUGAGCCUCAGAUGAGGAGAGAUUGUGUGCCUUAUCUUCUACAUGAUGAGAAAACCGUCAUUUGGUUGUUUUGAAUUAUCAAUCAUUUUCAGGCAGCUGAGGUAAAACACUCAAAUUCACAGAGAAAAAAACACAUUUAUUAGGAUGAUUUUUUUAUUACACCUUUUUUUUGGAAAGGUGUAACUUUCAAUCUGUACUGGUGAAAAUAUUAAAAUAUGAUUUAUUUGGUGUGAUUUGAAUUUCCAAUGCUCGUGUGCAAAAACACAUUACAAUCUAUUGUUAUGGACAUUUCAAUAAUUUGAAGCUCCAAAUUGUAGUUGUCUAAAAUCAUGAUUUAUUACUGUAACACCCGUGUGAGACUUUUGAAAUUGACAAAACUCUUUUAAAUGUUGAACAAUCACAUUGUGUAUGAGAGAGGUAGAUCUGCAAUGUAUAAACAGAUACGUCUUCCCCCAGUGGUUAAGGACUGAAAGACCGAUACAUGUCACAUUCCAUGUUUAAACAGCUGUUUUGUCAGCAAUUUAGUGUUUAUGUCUGUGCAGGAUCCAUGUCCGUCAGCUUUUAUCUUCUACAGUGGUCCAGCCUGUGUGCUUCACUUCUAUGGGUUGAAAUGGAGAUGUGGUACAAUGACAGUUAGCGGACUGGGGAUAUGAUAUGUAUAUAGACGUCUGUGGCUGGCCAGCCUGACUGGCAGGGUAGAGGGAGGUUGUGUGAAACUGUAACUUUGUGUCUUGGCUGUGGAGUGGAGUCAGUGAGGAAUAGGAUCCUGUGUUUACGAAGGGACUAAGGGAGACAAGACUUCAAUGUUCUUGUAUUUAUUGAGACAAUAGUCUGUAAGCACUUUUUUUCUCAGAAAAUGUCAAAAUAGUAUUGUUUUAUUAAAAAUGAAACAAAGGUUUAUUUGAUUGACUGUGUUUUGUGUACUAAAUGCAAUAAAAUUGACUUUAAAAUGCGAAA